AUGUCUGGGCGAGCUGAGGGCUGUGUACCGACUCUGUGUCUACUGCUGUCCUUAACUAGUAGCUGCCUGCUGCUGAAGAUCGCCACAGGUGAGCCUCUGGACAGGUGCCGGGAACUGUUUUACACGACGCCGACCUGUGUGAAUCACCCGGAUGGUUACGGCUGCGAGUGUGGGCCAGGAUCUCACUGGAAUACUCACAUGUGCAUGUCCACAGCAGUGGAUUCUCGGCUGGAAUUCAAGACACGGAAGCCGGUACGCUACACUCUACUCCUUGACAAGUCCUUCCCAGAGCUGACAAACUUCACAAUUGUCUUCUGGAUACGCGUCUCCCAACCAGAACACAAGGGAACCAUUUUCUCCUACCAGCAAGGUGAACGGAAGAAUGUCUUGCGCAUGUUCAGUGGACCGACGCUUCAACUAGAGGUAUGGAGAGAUCGGAACGAUACCGGGAUUAAGUUACAACCUAACAAAUGGCAUCACAUCGGCAUAACCUGGUCCUCAGAGGGCGGCAAUUGGUGCUUUUAUCUGAACGGAAAGAGGCAACUUUCUGGACUCGGCCUCGGGCCUAGACGGAAGAUCCCGAGCGGUGGUGAGUUUGUGUUGGGACAGUCAUCAAGGCCAAACGUGGAGUUCCAAUUGGACAAUGCAUUUCUUGGUGACCUUGCUCAUUUCAACAUUUGGAGUUACGCCAAGACGUUCCAGGCCAUUGAGAAAAUCUGGACCGAUUGUACGUUCAUGUAUUGUGGGAACGCGGUACAAUGGGUGGAGUUCCGGACAGGUACCAGGGGGGCUAUGAGACUGAGGUGGCCUUCUGGAAUUGCACGGCAGAAAGAGAAAAUGAAACUAAACGAAACCUUAGACUACGCCACCAGACAGUGUUUCCGUACUAAAGAGAACGACGGCACGUGGGGUGACCCUAAUGUUAAUGACUGUAUCUCCGAUAGUUUGAUGGACAUUAAGCGUCGGAUUAAAAAAUCUCUUGAGGGAAAGUCGAUGAAGGCGUCCUCAAUCCUGAUGCAUGCUGACAAACUUCUGAAUCACACGGUUAACCAUAGAUAUGAAAACCCCGUGGACAUCGCUACCGUCAUCGAUCUUCUGGCCAUUCUAAUAAAAACACAGGGUAUAACUUUACGUGACGUUUCCUGGUCUCAUGGCACUCGGACGUUUUCAAGGACCGAGGCUUCUUACCCUACAUUCAACCACACCAAGAUAUUUGCCGAGAUAAUCGCUGAUAUUGUAAAUCAUCUAUUGGAUAAAAAGAAUGACGUAGCGUGGAACGCUACACGCCCAGUUGGUACAGAGGGCUCCGCCCUGCUCCAGACCAUGAACAAGUUCUCCGCUGUGGUAUCCAAGAGUCUGGAAUAUCACGUGAAGGACGAGAUUCUCGUUAAUAAAGAAGCCGUAAUUAAAGUGGUCAGGCCAACUCUAGCCUUUAAGAUCAGCAGUCAGUGGGUAGAGGAGUUUCACGGAGUUACCUUCCCUGAUUUUCGAGAUAGACGGGAGUUCGGAUUGUUACCAAAAGAUGGGAUAUUGGAACUUCCUAGUACCGUGUUACAGUCUUAUAACUUAUCUGGAUUGCCUGUUUUUAUCGGGGUGUCUAGUUUCCGAUAUGCCAAUAUGGCAUGGGUUGUACCGAACCAUGACAUAAGGGGUAAGUCCAAAGAGAACCACGUGAACACGCCGAUCGUGGCUCUGUACCUCCAUAUGGACCAGGAGAAUGGAGACAUGGAGAAUCUUACAGACCCUAUCCUUUUAAAACUGCCAUUUCUAGAUACCUUCAACAUUUCAAACCCGGAGUGUGUACGAAUGCGACAUAGAAACCGAAGUUCACACUGGGGCUGGUCCACAAGCGGAUGUGUUCUGUUGGAGGACAGACUGAAAUCCGGGAAAUGCGCAUGCGCUGUGCCAGGAGUAUUUGCCAUCACCACAGACAUGUACAACGUAAAUUGGGACAAGGGUUACAAGCGGCCCCUCCUGAUGAACGUCGCCUCUUAUGUCGGAUCUUCCAUCUCAAUGCUCCUGUCCUUCCUCACCUUUGCUGGUCUAACAUACCUGAGAACCUCCACCAGCACUGCUCAUCUGCACAAGAACCUGGCCUGUGCUAUCUCCGCCAGUCAGCUCACCUUCAUGGUCGGCAUUGACCUGUAUGACUAUCAGAUCGCCUGUCAGGUGUUCGCGGUGAUGAUCCACUAUUUCGUGCUGGCCUCCUUCGCCUGGAUCAUGAACGAGGCGUUUAACUUGUACAUCAUGAUAACCUACACGGCUCACUCCCAAGGCGAUCACGUGCCAGACUCUGGAUCCAAUCUACGCUACUAUAUCUUAGGAUGGGUAAUUCCCGGUGUUUUAGUUGGUGCUUUUGUCGGAACACAGGGAGAAUUAUACUAUGCUCACAAUAUGUGUUGGAUAGCCUGGGGACAUCUCUGGUUGUUCAUAGGGCCUAUAUUAGGGAUAAUCAUUGUGACAAUACUGGUCCUUAUUUUCACCGCCAAAGAACACAACGAAAAUUCCUACACAAAAAGUGAGAAAACAAACAAAGUUAUUUUGAUACACUGUAAAUCGUUGUGGACACAAGUGAUACUUCUAACCGUGUGCUGGGCCUUCGCUUUCCUCUCUGUGAAGAUGAUGGACCCAAUCAUCAAAUACCUGUAUGCCAUUGUGCUAUGUAUACAGGGAUCGUUUUUCAUUGUCUUCUUUUUAUUACUCCACGAAGAGGUUCGAGCAGCUAUCCAAAGCAGUCGUAAGAAAAAGACGCUGGUAAUGCACGGUUUUGAUUACACUGGGGACGAUAACUCCAUGGAUUCCUUCGGCUCCUUCAACGUGAUGUUUGAUAAGGAAAUUGGAGAAAAUUUACCGUUAGAAAAACAGAAAUUAAAACCGCCUGGAAUAAGAAAAAAACAACGUUCUCGGAUAGAGGCGAGUAGCGACGAGGCUUCAGAUUGCGAAAUUAUGAUCACAAGUGUAUGAGAUUCUGGACGAAGAUGACUCAAUACACCUGGAGGGCUUCUUACAGCGUUAUACCGGCGACUUGCUCGAACAACAGGAGUUGGUAAAUCGCUGUAUUUGUGAUUCCUCGAUGAUGAUCUCUCAGUACAUCGGGAGGACUCCCUACAGCGCUAUACCGGUGACUU